UAUUUAUUUGAAGGUGGAUUAGAUGCUUGCUGCUAUAGAUUAAAGAUUAUUAGAUUGCUCCUUCUGACGGUGAGGGUCAGUUAAGGUGUCUUGGAAGCAUAAGUUGGACAUUUGGAGAUGCAUUUCUCAAUUAAAGUUUAAAAAUAAAUAGUGUGAGAUACUGCUACAUAAUACUGCUAACAUUGCUGCUGCAUCAGCCAGGUCCGAGGGGCUCCUUUUCCUGACGACAGUGGGCAACAUGUGGAGCAGCCUGAAGAGCAGAUGCCAGACUCUCUUCCACAGCACAGCAUCGGCUGAAAGCAGAGUAGAGGUGGAAACAGUCCAGUGUGUGGUGGAUCUGGGUGAGGCAAGCAACGCGGUCGAGGCCUGGGGCCCUGCCACCGCCAGCCCGUCAUGGAGCCUCAUGCCAGUGCCGGUGGUCACCACAGGACGCCGCCAUCACAACUGCGUGUCGGACAUCCCUCAGAUCGUAGAGAUCUCCAUCGAUAAAGAGUCGGAGGAUGUCAGAGGAACAUCUGGCGGUGUCCCGAUGGCGCGCAGAGACUCUUACUCCCGACACGCUCCUUGGGGGGGCAAGAAGAAGCACUCGUGCUCAACAAAAACCCAGAGCUCUCUUGAGGCAGACCGGCGUUCCGGGCGGCUGAGAGGCUGUGGGAACCGCCGUGACCGACGUUACGGAAUCAGCUCCAUCCAGGAGAUCAGCGACUCUGGAUCUGGAGGGCGGAGCCUGAACGCUCGCUCGCUGCGCCAGCGCCUGAGCGACACGGUCGGGCUGUGCUUGCCCCUACCUGCUCGGCGGCGCUCGCACCCUAAGAAUCCCAUCAACUCCAAACGGAAAAUCCACCUGACCGAGCUCAUGCUGGAGACCUGCCCCUUCCCGCCGGGCUCCGACCUCGCACACAAAUGGCACUUGAUCAAGCAGCACACGGCGCCGGUCAGCCCUCAUUCCUCCACCGCAUUGCUGGACGCCUUCGACCCGGCCCACCCGUCGCCGGAGGACGAAGAAGAGCGCCUGCGCGAGCGCCGCAGGCUCAGUAUCGAGGAAGGCGUCGACCCACCUCCCAAUGCACAGAUUCACACUCUGGAGGCCUCAGUGCCGGGCCCCUCUCUCUACAAACUUGGACCAAAGAUGGCUCCCGGCAUCGGCGAGGUCUCUGGGGAAGCACGCAACGGCGGAGCGUCCGGCUCAGCAGGGGCUGCAUCGUCGGGGGCGUGCGGGUCAAUAUUGGGAUCUACGGCCGCAUCCCAAGACUGCGACUCUGAGGAGGACUCUACCACCUUAUGUCUUCAAGCCCGCAGGCCAAAGCAGCGGCACGCCUCCGGAGACGGCCACCAGAGCCGGCAGCAGCCCGGGCCCUGGAAGGUCCACACCCAGAUAGACUACAUCCACUGCCUGGUGCCGGACCUGCUGCAGAUCACCGCCCUGCCCUGCUACUGGGGUGUGAUGGACCGCUACGAGGCUGAGGCACUGCUGGACGGCCGGCCGGAGGGGACCUUCCUGCUGCGUGACUCGGCCCAGGAGGACUACCUUUUCUCCGUCAGCUUCCGCCGCUACAACCGAUCGCUGCACGCCCGCAUCGAGCAGUGGAACCACAACUUCAGCUUCGACGCCCACGACCCGUGCGUCUUCCACUCUUCCACCGUCACCGGACUUCUGGAGCACUACAAGGACCCCAGCGCCUGCAUGUUCUUCGAGCCGCUGCUUACGGUGCCUCUCAACCGGACCUUCCCCUUCACCCUGCAGCACCUGGCCCGCGCCGCCAUCUGCCGAUGGACCACUUAUGACGGGAUUGGCUCCUUGCCUUUGCCUCCCGCCCUGCAGGACUUCCUCAAGGAGUAUCACUAUAAACAGAAAGUACGAGUCCGCUGGCUUGAGAGGGAGCCGCCACUCAAGGUGAAAUAAGACGGGCGAUUACAGAACUUCUUCGCCUAUUGAGAGGCCAUAUUAACUUGGCUUCCUAUCUAUUGGAGAAUAGAAUCAAGUAUAACAAGCUAAAGUUCAUUCUAAUCUGUUUUUGGUAUUAACUUACAUCACUGAGAAUACAUGAUUAUAUUCAGUGUAACGCUGUCUGUCAAGCACGUUUUUAAGCUGAACAGGUUCCUAUUUUUGUGCUGAACGACUGUGCUAAACCCUCACCACGACCACCGACCCACUCGUACACCUGCCUGCAUGUCCCCCCCCCCUCUCUCUUCAUACCAAAAUAACUAUUUCAAGCUGUACAGUUCACUUUGUGCGUCCCUAUUUACCUUCAGAAACACUUCGUAGAGCACCAUACUAGAGUGGAGAGGGCAUCUGCAGGCGCCUCCUGUUAUUUACGAUGCAUUCGUUGCCUCCUGUUUGCAUGCAUGAGAUCAGCUAAGCCACUUUAAAGGUGACUUAUUAUGCUUCUUUCAACAGGUUAGGAUAGAUCUAUGGUCUAUCUAUAGAAAAAAUUUGCAUUCUUUCUCCCCCUCCCACACAAAAUAAUUUUUGGAUAAUGAGACGUUGGCAUGUUCAGUUCUGCUUAGAUGAGCUGAUUUGGGGCGUCUUGUCGCUUUAAAUCUAAAUAAGCUGCUGUCUACCGUCCCUUUGCUUGGGUUGCCAGGUAGUAGCACAGUGUUUGUGGAAUAUGACUGAACAAUCUGGAGGUUUUUGACAUGGCUCAUUUUCCAGACACCAGAAAACAUCUGUUUUUUUUUUGUUUUGUUUUGUUUUUUUAAGCGUUGGGAUGUUUUCAGAAGCAGCUGAGACCCAAAUGGAAAAACUUGCAAAAUUUGAAUUUUGCAUAAUAGGUCCCCUUUAAAAUCCAAGCAUAGGGAUUCAGAUCAGUAAGCUGAUAUAUUCCAGAGCUUCUCUUCAUUAUGACAGUCAUAUCUUCACUAUACAUGUUCGUCCAACUUUCAGGAACUCUGCUGUCGUCAGCUCUGCAGUGUUGCUUGUCUUGAAUGCGUAGCCGUCGUUCCCGCUUUCUCGACCCAAAAAUCUCGACCACUCAUUGCCAAGUUAACACAACCCCAGGCGGCCAUGAUAUUAGGAACGCUUUCGUCAGUCCCACCGUCAUUCAAAGAGAAAAUCCCACCUUUGACCCCAAGCAGUCAAAGGUUGUCGCCCUGAGGUUGUCGUGUGGCUCUGGGAAGUUAACCGCUGUAGCUUUGGGUUGUAACAUCAUUCAUUUCACGCGUUCUUGUCCAUUUCUGCGAAAGGCUUUAACGUUGUGGCUAACCGGCGUCUCGUCAUGAACACACCUUCAACUUUUUCCUCAUUUUGCCUCCUAACUACCACAAACCUCAGUAUUCUUUUAGGAUUUUGUUUGACAGGCAAGCAGAAAGCAGCUCAGAGUCAUUGGAUUGUUUUUUUGUUGUCUUUUUAAACAAUACAAAUCUGAAAAGUGUGGCAUGUAUUUGCCCCUCUCAGUGAAUACUUUAUUACAUCUAAUGGUACGUUAACCAACUUUACAGGCUGAAUUGUUUCCCCGUUCUUCAUGCAAAUCAGAUGAAGAACGUUUAACUUAACAGCGUUUAACUUGUGCCUCGGCUUCUCGUUAAGUUUUAGCUCUGGACUUUGACUAGACCAGAGGUCGGCAACCUGCGAUUUCAAAGCUGCGAGUGGCUCUUUGGACCUUCCACAAUAGCUCUUUAUAACUUUGGUAAAAAAUUAUAUAAAUUUACAUGUAAUAAGAAAUGCUGGUUUUAAUUAAGUAUUUUCUGCAAUGUCUGCAUUGAAUUUGUACAAGUAAUGAUUUUAUCUUUUGGAAAUUAUGUGAACUUAUUUCUUAUCACUUUCCACCGCUCACAAAAAAUACAUAUAUUUUUGCUAAAUUUUAUGUUUAUCUUUACUUUAAAUCAGAAAAAUAUGGACAGUAGAUAUUAUCGAAAAUUAUAACUUGUCUUUUGGAAAACGUCUUGAAACAAGUUUUCAAUUCCAAAAUAAUUUACAUGGCUGACUGUAUUCAAUGAGGACUUAUAUUGUAGUAUGAUAAAAACUGAUUUGAGAGAAAGGUGCAACACAACUUAUCUGACUGUUAUGGAAGAACUGGUCUUUAUUUAGGGGUAUCGGAAUAAAAAUACCCGCCACACUUUUCAGACUUCUAUUUGGAAAACAUCCCUUCUCUCCACCUUUUUAGUGCUCUAGUACAUUCGUCUUUACAUGCAAAAUGUUGGAAAACAUACUUUUGCAAAUCAAAGUAUAGCUCUGAGUCCAAACUGUUUUCACACCUAAAGGUUUUCUUUCUGCUUUUUUAGCAUAUCCUCAAACAUUUCAGGUGUGACUUGGCCUGAAAGCGCUGCUGGCUGCCCUGUCACUUCUGUAAAUAAGUUUUACCUUUGUGCCUUUCAGUAGUCAUCGGUCUCAUUGCUUGAUAGUCUAAACCUGGAGCAAUAGGUGCUUUAACUUGGUCCGUUCACAUGAGACCGGACGAAUAACCGUGAAGAGGUGCACGAGCUUUAAGCUCACUAACUUUCUUGCACAUUAAAGAUUGCAGUUUAGUGGUGCUACGUCUGAUUAGGAGUUGAUCGUUAAAUUAGGUUAGUUUGUUACUGUUGCCACUCACUAAUGCAUGCGUUAGUCUUUUGUCACAUAGUGUUAGGUUGUUAGUGGGUCAGUAGGUUGCUGUCCUGCUGUAGGCAUCGCGGUCCAACAGGUGCUGGUCUGCAGCUUGAAUAACAAACACAGUUUAUCCUCUACUGCGAGCAAGUUUUAACCGAAUAAUGUAAAACCCAACAAGUAUUAAAGAACAUACAGCAGCAGGAAAGUUUGAAUUCUCUGUGUUUUCCCAGUAAAAAACUGAGCUGCAUGAGGAAACGGUGCUGGUUCCCCUAACUGUUCAAGAAAAUGCAAAAGUGAAACUUCCUGGGACGUGUGAACAUGCAAUCUGUUUAAAACAAGCAGAUUUUAGUCAACAUCACAUGUGCGUUUUACUAUUUUCCUUAUGUUUAAAGUAAAUGUCUGUGACCAAACUUUAGUGUAACCCAAGUUGUUUUUUUUAUUAUAGAUUCAGAUCAAAUGUUUGUCUGGAUCCCAAUCAGUCGGCUGAAAUAAAUGGAAAUGAGAAAGUUAUAUAGAAUUAAAUUAUUCAUCAGAUUUGUAACAUUUUAUGAUGUUUUUAAUUAAAGGUAAAGUAACAUGUCAUGUAAAGACUGGACCGGACAAAACCAGUUUUCAGCUGCAGGACUUUUUCGUUUCCUCAGACACAUAUGUGAACCUCACGCUGCAAGUUCACACUUCCUCCUGUUCAAAGUUUUAAUGUCUGACACUUUGCUCCCGAGAUCCGUUUAUGAAAUCAUGAGAAUAAAGUUGUAAUUUUACACGAAUAAAGUUGAACAAGAAUAAUGGUUUACAAUAAUCAAGUUACACUAUUGCAAGAGUAAAAUUGUAAUGUUACAAGAAUAAAAUGUACAAAAAUGAAGUAUGAGAAUAAAGACUUACAAUAGAUGUAAUUUUAUAAUAAUAAUAGCGGUAAUACAAAAAUCAUCUUACAAGAAUAAAGUUGCGAUACAUAAAUAGUGGGAAUUUUACAAGAAUAAGGUUGGAAUAUUACAAUAGUUGUAAUAAUAAUACUUUGGGAACUUCUACAACAAAACGUUAAAAUGAGGAAUGCUGAUCAUUUUGUGAUGUUGCACUUUGGUAUCAGUUUUUUCUUAAUCUUUUAAAACAUCAGCUUCAGAUUGUCAGUGGCCAUAAUAACAAAAAAAACACACAUGGACUUUAACAAUCAAAGCUUUAUUCUCAUAAAACAACUUUUUUUCUUGUAAUCUUACGACAUUCUUCUGAUAUUGCAACUUAUUUUUAUAAGUAUAAAAAAUCUUCGUUGUAGUUCAACAGGGAGGCAGGUGUGACUGCGGUGUCGAAGUGUGAGGCCGUUUUGUCCUGCAGGUUUUUGCAUCCUGUUGGUACUUUGGUGUGUUCUUAAAAUUGUUUCACCUAAAUUUGUUUAUUUAUAAAAAAAAAUAAUAAAGAAAAAAUGCAGUCAAGUCCUGAAACUCGGUCAAAUUCAGUCAAAAAGCAACAAAGUGUGUGUAGUAUCGUAUAGAUCUAUGGGGCCGUGGAGAAGGCGAGAGAUUCCUUCGAGUAAAAAGCACUUUAAUCAUGUGUCUGAAAGUGUUCAGUCAGCCACGCUUGUCGUUUGUUUGCCCUAAUCCCCAGAAUAUUGGACUUGGACUAAUCUGGAAAAGGAAGAAAAAUGAUAAUUUUACUAUCAUUUCUCAGUUUACGGAUCCAAUAUCCUGCAGAGAGCAAACAAAGCGGCGGAAAUGUUGUGCUGACCAGAUCUGUGAGCUGAAACCUACAAGUGUUAGCAUUGCAAAAACACAAUCUUACCAAGUAUUUAUCUCAUUUCUGGUGCAAACUCUUGAAUUAAGACUAAACUAACUUGAGAGUAACUUAUCAGCAAACUUGUUUUAAGUCACACAAAUCAAACUCAUGGCUCGUGGGCCAAAUCUGGCCCACCGAAGCUUUUUCUGUGGCCCUCUGGAUCCUAGACUAAACACUAAGUGUGCUUAAAUAUGUUAUCUAUCAAAUCAAUUCAGUUUUUAUCUGUCUAUUGCCAAAUUUUAUCAAUCUGUCCCUCCACUUUCCUGAGAAUUAUCAUGGAAAUUUAUGCAAAAUCAACAAAUCCCUGCAUUUUAAUUGGGAGUUUAUUGCUGAUUUUUCUCAAAAAUGGUCAAAAACUUUAUUUAUACUAAGCAGCUGCCUCAGCCUUAAUUGAUGUCAGACAAUAAUCCUUGAUCAAUAUAGAGAGUAAUAAAAAGUUGCAUUUACUGUCAGAAAUAUCGCAAAUAUUUCCAAAUUAGUACCACAAACACUUUGAUUUUUAUUGCAAAAAAUCACAUAAAGAAUCAUAAAAUCCUGGAGAGACUGAAAAUAUGAUCAGUAAUAUUUAAUUUACAGAAUUCAGAUAUUUUAACAAUGUGUGAACAGGUUUUAUCAAUACAUUCUGGCCUUUAAGAGUUUAACGCCCGUUUUAAGUAAAUAUUUUCUUAAUAUUGAUGAAAAACAGCGAGCUCCAUUGGCAGAUUAUUUCACUUAAAACAUGGAGGAAUUGUCUGAAGUACAUUUAUCUGCCAAAGUACUAAAGGAACUAGAACUUUUUCAUGAAUAUUAAUGAAGUAUUUUCUUUAAACAAGCUCCUAUAUCGUGUUGAAAAGUUGCUUGUAAGUUAGUUUUGUUUUGUUUCAAGUCUAGAAAGAUAUUUGCAUUAGAAACGAGACUCAACAGAGUUGGUUCGGUUUGGUGUUUUUGCAGUGAGGAUAAAACAGGCAGGGGGUCCAGAAAUAUUUCAGAGUGUGUGUGAACGGAGCCAGCGAAGUGAGGGGUGACCUCCGUGACCCCUAUGAACCUCUCUGCUCCCCGUCGUUUCCCCCUCAGGUCCAGUUUUCCCCAUGGGAAAUGUCCGACAUUAAGCGUAGCACACGUUGGCCGUUUAGCCUGUAGAUUUAGCAGAAAGUUUUUCAGAAAAGGAGUUUAUCCUCACCUGCUUGUCUUCUUACACACAACCCGGUCGUAUAAAACACAUUAAACCAGCAACACAAACAAAAUAAAAGGUUCUUCUGUAUGUUUUUUUGUUUUAUUUUGCUGUUAUGACACAAGUUUGUUGCACUAUUUGAGCUCGAAAGCGACAGCAAUACCCCCACUGGCCGCAAAACAACAGUACAUCUUCUGUUUUUUGUUACUUAUCUUCCCACAAAGAUAUAUUGUAAAAAUAAAUAAAAACAGCUUGGUUAUAUGCAAACAGAAAAAGAAGAAAUGUAUGAAAGUUAUUUUCCUUCUCCCUGAUAUGCAAUGGAGUGUAGUUUAACAAUGGUUGCAAUCCUCUGUCACUUUAAUGCUGCGUAUGCACAGUAGCUGCAGUGUGGAUGCAGGACCUGACGAUGAUGGGAGCUAAUGGUCGUCGCUCGUUCAUUCGAACCCGGGGGCCGCCGCCGCAGGCUGACGAAAACCGCCGCUCUCGUUUUCUUAUGGGUUAUUUUCUCCCUUCACUGUUUGUUUUCUUUCUUUUCUUCUUCUGCUGUGUGAUAGGAUGUGGAGCGUGUAAAUGGCAUUAUUAGUUUCACAUUUCAGUGUCCGUUCUGUGUUUAACCAUUCAAGACAAGUUAAGAAAGAAUUAAAAAAAAAAAACCCGUCGUUUAAUCUGCUCAUUUUUAAUAAGAGCCGUACGAAGCGACACUUGUAGCUGUCACUCUUGGUGCUUGGCUUAUGCUUCAUUGUCUUAAUAUUCCAAAUAAAACUGUUAAGUGUAAUCCACACUGGCCCAAGA